AUGCCUCUGCAUCUGCUGGGCAAGAAAAGCUGGAACGUGUACAGCGCCGACAACGUCGAGAAGGCCCGUCGCGAUGAAGCCGAGGCACAGGCUCGAGAGGAAGCGGCAGAGCAGCGCAUGCAAGAGGAAGAUGCUGCACGUCGGAUAGCACUUCUUCGCGGCGAAGAGCCACCUCCGCUUACGACGCCCGUGGAAGAAGAUGCGCGAGACUGGCGCAAAAGUGGCCGCGACGAUGAUUAUGCAAGACGAGGCCGCACGCGCCGACGGCUGCGAGGAGAGGAUGAUACCGAUCGCGACAUUCGAUAUGCGCAGCAGGACACAGAGACUGGGCAAAAAGCAUCGAGCGCGUGGUUGAAAGAGCGUGAAGAGGAUGCACCCCUGCAAGACCACGCCGGCAACAUCCAAUUGUUCUCUGCUCCCGACGAGAAAGAGAUCAGAAAGACGGAAAAGAACGCCGAGGUUGAAGCAGAAAAGGCCAAGAAGCGGAAGCGAGAGCAAGACCAAGUCACAAUGCGCUUCAGUAACGCCGCUGGCUAUCAGAACGGCAUGCAGCAACCGUGGUACGCUGCUGCUAGUGACAGAUCUGGCGCCACGGCCACAACAGAUCUUGUCCUGGCGGAGGUGCAAGCCAAGGACGUCUGGGGCAACGAAGACCCGCGCCGAAGGGAUCGAGAGCAGAACCGCAUAUCAUCCAACGACCCAUUCGCGUCGAUGCAAAGUGCACAACGCCAGCUCAAACAGAGCGAGCGCGACAGGGAGAAGUGGCAGCAGAAGCAGCAAGCCGAGCUUGGGGCUUUGAAGAAAGAUGAGAGGCAUCGUAGAGAGCGACGUCGGCACCGAGAUGAUGACGAAAGUCUGGAUGGCUUUAGCCUCGAUGCGCCCGGAGAAAAGACUCGUGAAGGACGUGACCACGACAGACAUCGAAGACAUAGACACCAUCAUCAUCAUCACCGCCGUCGGAGGCAUAGUCGGUCGCGUUCGAGGGAACGGGAUAGGCACCGGAGUCGACAUAGGCAUCGAGACGAAUGA